AUGCCCGACAGGGUGCUCAAAAUCCUCAUGCUACAUGGGCAUGGACAAUCCGCCCAGAUUUUUGAGCCCAAAACAAGGUAUAUCAGAAAGGCAUUCCACACAUUUGCUGGUGACAGAGACAUCACCUUCGAGUUUCAAUACUUGUCAGGCAUACUCCCAGCCUACCCCGAUAUGGAUGAAGACAACGACCGAUGGGUCUGGGGAUAUGGUGAUCCUAGUGAUGGUGAGAUCAAAAGAAUUGACCUAUCAAUUAAACAUAUACUCGACACUCUCGAUCGUGAUGGUCCUUUCGUGGGCAUUGUCGGGUUCUCGUCUGGCGCUGCUAUGGCAGCGAUCAUCACAUCCCUACUGGAGAAAAGGCGCAAUAUUUGCGACAUUACUUGGAAGGCGCGUCAUCCCAGUCUCAGCUUUUCUGUCUGUCUCAGCGGGUUCACAUUAGGACCACUGUACCGGCAGGUCUACACUCCGCUGAUUGCUACGCCGACGUUCAUCGCGGUUGGAUCCCAUGAUCCAGUGAUUUUACCUGCUCAGACCCGGAAUCUUGCAGGUCAAUGCCAGAAUGCAAAGAUUUUCGAGUUUCCAGGAAUCCACUAUGUCCCGCAGAUUAAAGAAUUUCCGCGGUUUUGCAUAUCCCUCACCCAAUUUCUGGAUGAUGUGCUGGAUCCUCCACGAAUGGAGCCACCAGCAUCAUUGGCAGAUGACACCGUGCAGCCUUCUAGGCCGGAAAGAAUCUGA